UUAAGACACUACUGGAUAUACAGAAUAGCAUGUUGACUUUGGAGAAAUAUUGUUUGUCGCUCAUGAAUUAACAACGGCUAGCUGUGAUAGUUUGUCAGACUUUCAAAAUUGGAUUGGAUUGGAGUCUUUGAUUAAGUUAUUGCAGUGAAAGCAUGUUAUCUUCAUAUUUGGUUUACAUACUUGAUACAAACACGAAACCAGCAAUGUUCUCUCAAUAAAAAGUAUAACAAUCUUGCCAUUGUUUUUCUCCACUGUGUGAUCUAAUAAAUAAUAAAGUCUUGGACUGUAUGUGGCAUUAACUUUUAUGUGCACACACAUAAUACUGAAUUAAACCUCCUUCAAACUUAUCUGGCUCGAGGCACUAAGAAAGCAUCACAGGUGGACAGUCCCAGUAAGAACUUUCACACCUCAUACUUAUGGGAUGUGAGAGACGCAGUGCAAGAAUGGUGAGGACGGACGGAGGGGCUAUUUUAGUGAGCCACUCACAUGAGCGCAGGAAUCUAUAUAUCUAGCCUCUUUCUGCCCUUCUCGUCUCAGAAAAAGUUGCCUGUGAGUAUUUGCUGCCUACUGUAUAAGAUUAGACAGGGAGACACACAGAACUUCAACCAUGUCUGAAGCGUCUUCAAAACCAAAGCCAAAGAUCUCUGCAUCUCGCAGACUGUUCUUGAAGACUAAACUGCUAAAGAAGGCUAUGACUAUGCUGGAGAAUGAUAAGCAAGUCAGAAAAGAUGAACGAGAGAGAACCCUCACUGAGAGAGUCCCAGAACUCCAGCUGUCAGGCCUGUCUAUGCAGGAUCUACAGAAUCUUUGCAAAGAGCUGCACCAGAAAAUCGAUGUGGCUGAUGAAGAGCGGUAUGACAUUAAUUCUAAAGUGAUGAAAAAUGAAAUAGAGAUACGGGACCUGUCUCAGAAGAUCUUUGAGCUGAAGGGCAAAAUGAAAAGACCGAACCUGAAGAGGGUGAGGGUGUCUGCUGACGCCAUGCUGGGAGCUCUGCUGGGCGCUAAGGUCAAAGAGUCUGUGGACUUCAAGGCCAACCUCAAGACUGUGAAGAAGGAGGAGGAGAAGAAAGAGGAAGUGACCGACUGGCGUAAGAAUGUGGAUGCCAUGUCUGGUAUGGAGGGCAGAAAGAAGCUGUUUGAUGCUGGGCAGUAGAUUAUGUGGUGAAUGUCUUUGUGAAGUUGUUUGCUGCUCUAAAACAGAUGGAACCAGUGAAUCAUGUGACACUUUAUAAUGGCAGUGAACAUGAAGACCAGGUUAACAAGAAGGGUCUGGCACAGUUUGUUUCAAGUUUAUUUGUAAAUUGCAAUUUAACUUUAUGAUAAUUCAAAUAAUACAUAUUGUUUACAUUAAUUAUGAUGUAUUAUAAAAAACAUAUGUAUUUAAAAGACAGUAUUUAAGCACUGUAUUACUUUUUAGCACACUUGAAUUCAUGAACACUGCACCACUAGUGGAUGUCCAGGUCACCUGUAGUAAUGUUACUGGCUUGCUUUUUGACAUCUGCUAUAUACAACAAUAAACAGACAAGAAUCAGAGAAAAUGCAGAUGCGCACAUUUGUCUACAAUUAUGGUUCUGAAUUUGUCCAAUUUAUGCUUUGCCCAUUUUGCCUACAAAAGCAUAGUUUGAAUUAGGGCCUUUGGAUAACAACAUAAAAACAUGGAAAACAACAUUUACAUGUUUUCUUGUAUUUACUGAGAAAACAAUGGAGUCACAUAUGAUGAGCAAAUUAAGUGGUGUUGUGAUGAGAAGGAGCAGUGUUAUAAACUGUAUAUCAAACAAUAAAAUGUAAGUGACAUUGCUCAGAGAAUGGUCCUCUGUGCCUAAACUGAAAUGCUGUUGCUUUCCUUACAGCACUAGACAAACAUAUACACACACAGACACAUAUAUUAAUAUAAAACUUAAUAAAGGCCUACUGUGAUGGGAUUAAUACAGGUCUGCCCCUAUUAUAUGGGAAAUUGUUUAGUCAUGUUACAGGAACUCACAUGCCAUUUGGGGUCAAAAGACUAUUGCCCACAAGGUAAACCAUUACAUUUUGGGGUGGUGAUUUGAUUUUUGGUUAAGGGUUUGAGUUGGGUUAAAGGGAAUCAAUGUAAAUCAAUACAUCCUGUUUAUUGACAAAGGAAGAGUGUGUAUGUGAAAUGAUGCGGCAAUUUUUGUGUUGAAACAUUCAAAAACUAAAGUAGCUUUACUGUACAUUAUAUUAAGCUUGUUGUUAAGCUUGCUGUUAAGCUAUUGGUUCUUUAAGACACUAAUAAAAGGUUUCAUUUGGUUCCAUUCCCCCCUACUGUUUUCCCACGCACUUGCAUCAAAUAACAUUUAGAUGGUCCCUUGCCUCUGUCUCUAAACAAAGUAGUCUUAAAAUGCUGUUCUUCUCUUACAAACAUCCUAAAUCCUCUCCAAACUAUAAAAAAUCCGUUUCCACAAAACAUCACCAGUCAUCAGUUAAAAAGCCGACCAUACCUCUAGCACAUCCAUUGAUUUACCCUUCU